AAUGACAAGUUCUUGUUGUAGGUAGUUGGACACGUAUGAAGUGAAUUUUUGUCCAAUAUUUCUUUGUAAAUUGUCUAAAUUCGCUUAUUAUCUAUCUAAUUUAAUUAAAUAUAAGUGUUCAUUUUGUUUUAUUUAAUUCAAAACCGAAUAUAAUCAUACAGCAUGGCUAACAUAGAACAGCCAUGCUAUACGCUCAUCAACUUCCCGACGGAUGCAGAGCCUUACAAUGAAAUGCAACUUAAACUUGACCUGGAAAAGGGUGAUACAAAGAAGAAGAUCGAAGCCCUAAAGAAGACAAUCAGCAUUAUCCUCUCUGGGGAGAAGAUCCCCGGUCUCCUGAUGAUCAUCAUCCGGUUUGUGCUGCCACUGCAGGACCACACAAUAAAGAAGCUGUUGCUGAUCUUCUGGGAGAUUGUUCCCAAGACAACAGCGGAUGGAAAACUGAUGCAGGAGAUGAUUCUCGUGUGUGAUGCUUACAGAAAAGACUUGCAACACCCUAACGAGUUCAUCCGCGGCUCCACACUUCGCUUCCUGUGCAAGCUUAAGGAACCGGAGCUGCUGGAGCCUCUGAUGCCAGCUAUUAGGGCCUGCCUCGACCACCGUCACUCCUAUGUCAGGAGGAACGCUGUGCUGGCCAUCUUUACUAUCUAUCGCAACUUCGAAUUUUUAAUCCCGGACGCCCCGGAGUUGGUGGCGUCGUUCCUGGAGAGUGAGCAGGACAUGUCGUGCAAGCGCAACGCGUUCCUCAUGUUGCUGCACGCGGAGCAGCAGCGCGCGCUGGACUUCCUCGCCGCGCGCCUCGACGCUGUGCUGGGCUUCGGCGACAUCCUGCAGCUCGUCAUCGUCGAGCUCAUCUAUAAGGUGUGCCACGCGAAUCCGUCAGAACGGUCCCGCUUCAUCCGCACGGUGUACGGGCUCCUCAACUCCGCCAGCCCCGCCGUUCGCUACGAGGCCGCCGGCACUCUCGUCACUCUGUCCAGCGCUCCUGCCGCCAUUAAGGCCGCGGCGGCGUGUUACAUCGACCUGAUAGUGAAAGAGAGCGAUAAUAACGUGAAGCUGAUCGUGGUGGGGCGGCUGGCGGCGCUGCGGGCGGAGGGCGGCGAGGCGGCUGCGCGUGCGCUGCCGGACUUGGCCAUGGAUGUGUUGCGCGUGCUGGCCGCCUCCGACCUCGACGUGUGGAGACAUACGCUGCAGCUGGCACUGGACCUGGUGAGUUCCCGCCACGCGGAGGAGCUGGUGUCAGUGCUGCGCAAGGAGGCGACGCGGACGUCGAGCGCGGGCCACGAGGACGCGGGCAAGUGUCGCCAGCUGCUGGUGCGCGCCAUGCACAGAGCUGCCCUCAAGUUCCCGGAAGUGGCCGGCAGCGUGGCGCCGGCGCUGCUGGAGCUGCUCGGCGACGGCAGCGAGCCCGCCGCCGCCGACGUCAUGCUGUUCCUGCGCGCGGCGCUGCAAGCCUUCCCGGAGCUCCGCGACCACAUCUAUCAGAAACUCCUGGAAUCAGUGUCGAACAUCCGCGUCGGUAAAAUAGCACGCUCCGCGCUGUGGCUGCUGGCGGAGUUCGCUGACACGCCCGCCCGCGCCUCUGCAGCUUUGGACGUGUUGGCCAGCAUCAUUCCUAGCGUUUCUGGCAAUGAUCCGGAGAAGGAGCAGGAGACAGCGAAGAAAGAGGAGUGUUCAGCCCCGCGCCAGCUGGUCACCAGCGACGGCACCUACGCCACUCAGUCGGCUUUCAACUUGCCCACGUCGACCGGCAGCAAGAGGUCGGGCCCCGCGCUGUGGCAGACGCUGUCGGAGGGCGAGGGCUUCACAGCCGCGUGCGUGUGGUCGGCGCUGGCCAAGCUGGCGCUGCGACUGCCGGCCGCCCGCGACUCCGCCCGCGCUAUGCAUCUCGCCGCGGCGUUGCUCGCCUCCCACAAGAUCAACCAAGCUAACAACAGCGGUUCCCAAGCGGCUCUGACGGCAGACGAUACAGAACACGCGGCCAUUUGCCUAUCGGCGGCUUGUAAACGCCCGGCCGUGGUUCAAAAGGCUCUAUUGGAGUCGUCUCGAGGAGCUUUAGCUGCUUUACUGGCGUUACCUGACGCCGCGGCGCCGCAGUUGUUGCCCGACGCCAAUAAGGAGGAGCCAAAGAAAACUGAUCGCAUUGUAUCAGUGGAGACGGGAAUACAGUUCUUGGCGCUACAGGGCGCGGGCGCGGCCUCUACCCACCACGAUAUGUUUGAGCUUUCCUUAUCCAAGGCUUUGCAAGGCCGCAGCUCCAAGCUGGGGGCGCCGGAGCGCGGCAAGCUGUGGAAGGUGGCGCAGCUGACCGGCUUCUCCGACCCCGUGUACGCGGAGGCGAUCGUGUCCGUCAACCAGUACGACAUCGUGCUGGAUGUGCUCAUCGUCAACCAGACCGACGACACCCUGCAAAACUGCACGGUGGAGCUGGCGACGCUGGGCGACCUGCGGCUGGUGGAGCGGCCGGCGGCGGCGGUGCUGGCGCCGCGAGCGCACGCCAGCAUCCGCGCGCACGUCAAGGUCGCCUCCACAGAGAACGCCGUCAUCUUCGGCAACAUCGUGUACGAAGUGAGCAGCGCUUCGAUGGACCGCGGCGUCGUCGUACUGAACGACAUUCACAUCGACAUCGUGGACUACAUUCAACCGGCAGUCUGUAGCGAUGCCGACUUCAGACAGAUGUGGGCAGAGUUCGAAUGGGAGAACAAGGUGGCUGUUAAUACGAAUAUCACGGAUCUUAGAGAAUAUCUGGAGCAUUUGUUGAUGUCCACUAACAUGAAGUGCCUCACCCCUGAUAAGGCCCUGUCGGGUCAGUGCGGGUUCAUGGCGGCGAACCUGUACGCGCGCUCGGUGUUCGGCGAGGACGCGCUCGCCAACCUCAGCAUCGAGGUCGCGCCGCACCGCGCCGCGCCCGUCGGCGGCCACGUCCGCAUCCGCGCCAAGAGCCAGGGUAUGGCGCUAAGUUUGGGAGACAAGAUCAACCUGAUGCAGAAAACGCCAAUUCAGAAACCAGCGCAGAAUCCUGUGCCCACACCCGCGUAAACGUGGAGUACGGUAACAUACGCCACAUUAUAAUAAAUAUAUAGAUAACACACUACAGUCUGUAAAGAGUAAAAUAACAGAUAUACUGCAUUUUUUUUUUCAAAAUCAAAAUAUUCAGAAAUUAGGCCUUCACAGGCACAGUUUCACGUCAUGUUCUAAAUUAAAUGAUAUUCAUCAAAGCUACAAACUACUAGCAUUUCGGAACGACCACUGCUGAGAAGAAAUGCCGAAAGAAUGAAUGCGAUUUGACAAAAUGUUUUUCUUAUUCAAAUGUUUAUGACUCAAUAGUCACUUUUUAACAUGAAAUAAAAUUGGAUUUCUCAACACGUGUGUACAAUCAAACGAACAGACGUCAUAGAAUAAUAUAUUUUUAACCAUUUCUCGUGUUUAUACUUACUGUUUAGUUUUAUCUUGAAUUCUUUUAUUAUAAUAUUGAAAACAUAGAAUAAUUAUUAUCAUAAAGUAUUGUUUCUAUUUUCUUAAGUACUAUUAGUUGUUAGAUAAAUAAAAUUGGCAAAUAAAUAUUCUGAUUGAUUAUGUUA